AUUCCCUGGUAAUGGACAAACUAUGUAACUAAAUAGAGGGCUUCGCUCCAGAUAAUAAAUGUUAGAAUAAAAUAAGCGCUUUUAUUUCCCAUAUGACAAAAUGUCGGUGGCAUUUUCAUCGGUGCGUCCAAGGAGUAAAGGGGAGUUAACACAGCAAACGAUUCAAAAGAUGCUGGAUGAAAAUCAUCAUUUAAUACAAUGUAUAAUGGACUACCAAAGUAAAGGCAAGACAGCUGAAUGCACACAGUAUCAGCAGAUCCUGCACAGAAAUCUUGUUUACUUGGCCACGAUAGCAGAUUCGAAUCAGAACAUGCAGUCACUACUACCUGCACCUCCCACUUCCAACAUGUCCAUGGCUCCUGGAGGAAUGAGUCAAAGUGGGGCACACACUCCAAGCAACCUCAAUGACAACAUGGCACAAGGACUGCCCCCCACAUCAUUGAUGCAGAGCCAAAUGAGCAAUGGCCCCAGCCAUGCCCCCAUGCAGCAGCAGUCUGGUCAGGUGCAGUCGGCAAUUCCCUCCGCAUCCCUCAGCCUGCCAGCCAGCGGCUACGGUAGCUCGGCCCCAGCCUCCGGCUACAGCCACGCUGCACCCUCCUCCCAGGGCAGCAUGAUCCAGGGCCCUGGGCCUGGCUAUGGCUCUUCCUCCUCUUCUUCCUCCACAUCCUCAUCUUCCUCUUCCUCCUCCCGCAGCAACCUCAACAUGCAAUCCAACCAAGUCUCCAUGAUGCACCAACAGUCAGCCACUCCACACUACUCCUCAGCACAGGCUGGGGGCCAACACUAUCAGGGACAGCAGGCCAUGGGCAUGAUGGGUCAGGGCAGUCAAGGAAACAGUAUGAUUUCUCAGAGACCAAUGGGAUCCUACCGCUCCUCACAGCAAGGAUCUGCACAGCAGUACAUGGGACAAGACGAGUUCUACGGAGAGCAGUAUGGACACACUCAGAGCUCCAGCGAGCCCAUAAACCGGCAAUAUUACCCUGAUGGUCACGGAGAGUACACGUAUCAACAGUCUUCAUAUGGUGAGCAAGGCUACGACAGAUCCUUUGAUGAGUCUUCACAGCAUUACUAUGAAGGAGGUAACUCUCAGUACAGUCAACAGCAGGCGCAGUAUCAGCAGGGCUCUGGCCAGCAGCAGCCCUUCAGCCAGCAGCAGUACUCCUCUCAACAAGGCUACAGCGGACAGCCACAGGGAUACGGUCCUGGCCAGGGUGGAUCCUCCCAGUAUUCUCAGUAUCAGCAGGGUCAAAGCCAACAGUAUGGCUCCUACCGCUCCUCCCAGGGAGGCCCUGGAGCGCAGACGCAGAGGCCCUAUGCCUACGAACAGGGCCAGUAUGGAAAUUAUCAGCAAUAAGGAACCACAUUGUUUUACUGUUGGAAGAAAAUAAAAAAGGAACGGUUCAGCAGUCACGCGCUGGCUCAGCUGUGGAUUAGAAGACCUGGCUGCCUCAGAUUUAUUAUCCUCUCAUUAAUCAUCAUUCUAGCUAAGAAUACAUAAUGUAUUAAAGUGUGGUGCUUCCCUCGUCUGUUUUGCUCGCUGCAGGGUUGUAGCUUGUAGCUGAAGGUGUGGAGUGCUACUGGCCUGGCCACCCAACGGAAACACAGGGUGUUUGUAGAAAUGAGGCAGUUAAUGUAAACCUUCCAUAUGGAUUAAAUAGGGUACUAAGAAGGAGGAGUAGUCAUUUGAUGAGCCUCAGCAAGUUGCCUGUUUCCUCCUCUUUCUUCUCCGUUUAUGCCUUUCACUUGUCUGUAUCCCAUCCCCUGCUUUAAAUGUUUAUUUUAUUUUACAAGCCUCUGUUUUUAUUCUUUUUUUGUGGUGCACAGAGUGGGCCCGUGGUUUGAGAGACUGAGGCUUUAAAAAGCAAAUUAGCGCUGAAGGAAAUGUUCCUUGAUAUUUAUCUAACAGACUAGGUCCAGCUCUUGCUCUAAUUCCUAGUUGAGAUGCUGUUCAAGAUAAGGUAAAUUAAUUUCAUGAAGGUGAAAACGUUGGUCCUUAAACCUGACUUGAUCAGGAGGUUGUCUGUGUUAGUCAAACUGUGAUGUGUUGCUGUGUGGUCUAACAUGGUGUGUUUCACUCUUUACGUAUGUCUUUCUGAGGUAAUAGACAAAAUAGUUAGCUGACUUAUCCAGACUUAACAGCGUGUAUCACUGUCCAUGAUAAUCAUACAUCGUGGUAGUAUUUUUGGCCUAUAUUUUCGGUGGCAUUGCUCUACACAGACAUAUGUUAUUGUGCAGAGUUAGGCGGGGUCACACUACUCUGAUGCCAAUCAGUAAUGAUUUUAUAUACUGUAAAAACAAAUUGCCACUUUGUCUGCACUUUAUUUUGCAGUGACAGUGUAUGUAUUGUCUGAUAUUUUGGAUUGUAGUGCAAUCCAGGCUGUUUUUAACGAAUGAUCCUCAAAAAGCCAAAGUAACACAGGAACAGAACGGUAGUGUGUCCUGCACCUCUACUUCAAUAAGUGCAAUACACUCAGUCAGUCAUGUUAAGGGUUGGUUCAGAUGGUGAGCUUACACUAUAUCAUUAUUUAGUAUAGUAGUUUGUUGACAUACAAUGAUGGCAAAGACUAGGGCUGGUUUGUCUAAUGUUAUUCAAUGUAAUAUUGCAGGUUUUAACUGACAUGUCAUAUUUAGGACAAUUAUUUUCUGUAUUUAUGUGACUUAUAGACAUAUUACGUAAAGCAUUUCAUCAUAAACAUAAAGCUUACUACUUCAAAAACAUUUUUUCAGUGAAAAUGUUUAUUAUCAUACAUUGUAUUAGAUAUACAAAAUAAUGUUAAAAAUAAGACAAAGGGUAUAGAAGGUUCAUUUUUAUCUAUCCUUGUGUGAUUACAAAAUGGGAAUUCAGUAGGCCUAUAUUAAGUUGUUUAUUGAUUUGUUUAUUUAAAAGAAGGCAGACAACACCUCUGGUCAUUUCACUGAUCACUGUUUCUUACAGUUUGAGCAGUAAUGUGGAUUAUUAGUGUGAGGGUCCAGCUUUGCAGUAUAUUCACUCAACUUAUCUCAGAGGGGUAAAAUAACACAAAAGUUGCAGGGUUAAUCACAAAUGGGAGAAUACUGGCUGUCAAACAGCUAAAUAACUAUGUGCCACUCAACAGUGACAAUCACAGGCUUCUCUAUACUACAUUGAAUUUGUAUCAGUGUUUAAUUUUACUGUGAGCUGAACAUGUAUGACAAGUAUUUUCUAGUUAUAUGUAGUGUGUGUGUGUGUGUGUGUGUGUGUGUGUGUGUGUGUGUGUGUGAAAAAACGAGUGAGAGAGUUACGUUUGGUCUGCAUAAUCCAAAUAUGAAUGUUAUCUACUAAGUCUGCAUUACCUGAUCUUUUCUGCUGUCUUUUGUUACUGUUUGUUAUAUAAAAAAUAAACUAACAUUCACCUUU